UCCCAGUAAUUGUUCAUCAAAUUGAUUGGUGUAUGUAUAUGUAUAUGUAUCAACUUCCUGAAUUAACUCCAAGCUCCUAACCCACCGAAUCUUAAUUGGGUGCUCAUUCGAUCUACAGUUGAUUUCAGCGUUGAAUAUGGGUCUGGCGCAAAACAAUCUCGACAAUGAAGAGGGACCGCUGGAGGUUGGCAUGGAGUAUAGAACUGUCUCUGGGGUAGCUGGACCACUGGUCAUCCUUGAAAAAGUUAAGGGACCCAAGUAUCAAGAGAUUGUCAAUAUCCGUUUAGGAGAUGGAACAACACGACGUGGUCAAGUCCUAGAAGUUGAUGGGGAGAAAGCUGUUGUUCAGGUUUUUGAAGGAACAUCUGGAAUUGACAACAAAUACACAACAGUGCAGUUUACAGGAGAGGUCUUGAAAACUCCUGUCUCAUUGGAUAUGCUUGGACGCAUAUUUAAUGGUUCUGGGAAACCCAUAGACAAUGGUCCUCCUAUUUUGCCUGAGGCUUAUUUGGAUAUUUCUGGGAGUUCUAUCAACCCUAGCGAGAGAACCUAUCCUGAAGAAAUGAUACAGACAGGGAUUUCAACAAUCGAUGUGAUGAAUUCAAUAGCUAGAGGACAGAAAAUUCCUCUAUUUUCUGCUGCUGGUCUUCCCCAUAAUGAAAUAGCAGCACAAAUAUGUCGUCAGGCUGGUUUGGUAAAGCGGUUGGAGAAAACUGAAAAUCUACUUGAGGAUAAAGAGGAGGACAAUUUUGCCAUUGUUUUUGCAGCUAUGGGUGUCAACAUGGAGACAGCACAGUUUUUCAAACGUGAUUUUGAGGAGAAUGGAUCAAUGGAAAGAGUGACCCUUUUCCUAAACUUGGCCAACGACCCUACAAUUGAGCGUAUUAUUACUCCUAGGAUUGCUCUGACGACUGCGGAAUAUCUGGCAUAUGAAUGUGGGAAGCACGUACUUGUCAUAUUGACAGAUAUGAGUUCCUAUGCAGACGCUCUUCGUGAGGUAUCUGCUGCUCGAGAGGAAGUGCCAGGAAGACGUGGAUAUCCUGGUUAUAUGUAUACUGAUCUUGCAACAAUCUAUGAGCGUGCUGGACGAAUUGAAGGACGAAAAGGCUCCAUCACACAAAUUCCAAUUUUAACUAUGCCAAAUGAUGAUAUCACACAUCCGACUCCGGAUCUUACGGGUUAUAUCACUGAAGGGCAGAUCUAUAUUGACAGACAGCUCCAAAAUCGACAGAUAUACCCGCCAAUCAAUGUGCUUCCGUCAUUGUCUCGUUUAAUGAAGAGUGCCAUUGGUGAGGGGAUGACUCGGAAGGAUCAUGCUGAUGUGUCCAACCAGUUGUAUGCAAAUUAUGCAAUUGGGAAGGAUGUCCAGGCAAUGAAAGCUGUGGUUGGAGAAGAAGCACUUUCUUCUGAAGACCUGCUGUAUUUGGAGUUCCUAGACAAAUUCGAGAGGAAAUUCGUUGCCCAAGGAGCCUAUGAUACCCGCAACAUCUUCCAGUCACUCGAUUUAGCAUGGACACUGCUUCGGAUCUUCCCUCGUGAGCUUCUCCACCGUAUACCAGCAAAGACCCUUGAUGAAUUCUAUAGUCGAGAUGCAGCUCAUUGAAGGAGGAAACAAGCUCAUACACCCAGUUCUCCGCUUAUCUCUCUCCUUGGUUUGAACUCUGCCAUGUGAUUUUCACCUCGUUUAUCCUGCUUAGGCUGCGUAUCUCCUCUAUCCGGCCCAGAAAAUAAAGGUUGUGUUCAUUGAGUCCUCCGAUUUUAAAAUCUCUGUCUAGUUAAAAGAAGCCAAUAUUCUUGCAACAAGGACUAGUUAGAUUAUAAGUUUGUGUUUACCCUGUUGUGCGGGAUGAGUUCGGCUUUUACUGUUUGAGUUUCAAGAACACACAGGUGUUUAUAAAUUAUAAAGGUCCAUCUCAUAGAAGAUGCUUCUUUAAUUAUCUUAUUUAUCUACUAA